AUGAGGCAGUUUGUAGCACAGCUCUCAUUUUCAGACUCACUGCACAUAGUGAUUCUGGCUUCCAUACUUUCUCUCAUCAUUUACUGGCUCAUCAGAGACCGUCACAGAGUUAGAAACCUGAGUGGAAAGUAUGUCUUCAUAACAGGCUGUGACACCAUACUUGGAAAUGCACUGGCCAAGUGGCUUGACAAAAGAGGAUUCUGUGUUAUUGCUGCAUGUGCCACUGAACAAGACGGCCAAGAAUUAUGGUCCUGCUCCUCACUCUCCCUGAAGACAGUGAAUCUGAACUUGGCUGACUCCAGCAGCAUCACCAGGGCUGUAGAAUUUGUGACAGAGGAAACGGCAGGCAAAGGGCUUUUUGGCUUUGUGAACGCUGCUGAAGGAACAACAUCUGCAGCACCAACUGACUGGCUGAGAAUUGAUGACUUCCACUCAGCUCUGAACGUUAAUCUACUGGGAUGGAUUGAAAUCACACUCAAACUUCUACCACUUCUGAAAAAAGCCGAGGGAAGAGUAGUCAAUCUAAUCAAUUCUAACGGCUUCAUGGCAUUUGUAGGGGGUGGCUACAACUUGUCCAAAUGGGGCAUGGAAUCUUUCUCCGACAUGUUACGGAGAGAUAUUCAGCACUUUGGAGUGAAAGUAAGCAUUAUUGGGCACAGUUUCUUCAACACAAACGUUCAUUCAGGUAUCAUGGGGAGAGACCUCUUAAGACUUUGGAACAGACUGCCUAAUGAGAUCAGAGAUUCCUAUGGAGAAAAAUACUUUUCUGAAUAUAGAAAAGCUCAAAGAUCAGUGAAAAGACUGUGCAACUCUGAUAUUUCUAAGGUCAUAAAAUGCAUGGAACAUGCCCUGCUAGCAAAGUACCCCAGGACACGAUACGGAGCUGGAUGGGAUGCAAAGUUCUUUUGGCUGCUCCUCUCCUAUGCCCCGAGCUGUUUAUCUGACAUGCUGUUUUACAUGAUGUUUCCAGUUCCAGGAGCUAGUGGGAGUUCAGUCCCUGGAGUUCUAAUCAACAUUUAGUACUAUAACCAGCAUCAACUGUAUGGAAAUAACUCUGAAUCCUGAAUCCUCUCAUAACAGUUGACAUCUCCUCUUUACAAGUUACUAGACUGCUUAAAUUUCCUUCAGAGAACACUUUCUCCUACUUAUAUGAAAUUUCAGAGUUUGUAGAUAAGACUCGUAAACCUACCAUGCUUUUUUGUAUCCAGAACUGAUACAUCUGUAAUAUCUGCAUGCAAGCAAAGUUCAGCUAUAAAUCUGGUUAAUACUACUCAUUCAAUAAAAAAUUUGUUGCAUUUCUUAUUUAAAUGAGAAUCUGUUUUUCAUGUUGACUUCACUAACAUAUACGUUUCUAGAGAAUUUGAAAAGAAAAAAAGAAAACCACUGGUCUUUCAGAAUAUCUAUGUUAUACACGUACCUUACAGAUUGUGCUUAUUCAGAUUUCUAUUUCAUGAAGCUUGGUCAUGGCCAUAUUCAGGAGUUGCUUCUGGACACGAGAUAUCAAAUCAAAUAAUAACAAAGGCCAGCUAUUGCAACAAUUUCCAAAAAUUACAAUUGCAGUAUUUGACCACAUCUAAUCACCUGACUAUUCAGCUGUGUAGAGACAAAACACAAGCUAUUUUAAAGGUAUGAAAUUACAGGAAAAAUCAAAACUAAACAGUCCUCCAUUACUAUUCAAGCAGAGCAAUACUUAUAUCUUAAUAUUUGCAUUUCAAUACCUGUUCUCAAUACCUGCAUCGUUUAUUAGGGAAUGUGAGUUCAUUUUGCCCUCAAUGUGCUUUGCAACCUAAAAAGAUUAUUAUUUCACUCAGUAGAUGGAACAGGUCACCAAUAUAUGCUACAGCCAAUUUCUUUGAAUGUACAAAGAGUAUGCUCAAAAUGAUGAAGUGGCAGCUGAAGUUGCUGUGCCUCUUGUACACUACCUUUAUCAGUCAAGCUACUGACAUGCUGGGCUUCCUGGAGAUUUGAAAAUUGGGAGGGUAAAGGUUUUAUUUGCUAAAGACCUGCUUAUUCAUGAUUAAUCAUUAAUGUGCAAUUCAAUUAAGCUUAAAAAAAUACCAUCUGCAGGUCAGAGCACCAAAUGUAAGAAAAGCAGUUUCACCACUGUGCAGUGUGUGUGUGUGCUGAGGGUGGGAGAGCAUAUACAAGAAAGGGACAGAAUGUAAAAAUGGUUCAGGCGCUACUUAAGUAUUUCACUGAGGUUCUAUUAUCUAGCAAAUGGUUUCAAGAAGAAACUUAUUUUACUUCAUACAUAGAGACAUGCUUUUUCUAACUGGCCUGACAGCUGUAGAGAAAAUGUAACAUUUUAAUUUAUCAGGCCUAUAGUGGCCAAUUAGAGAGAUGUGCUGAAAUCUCUAAUGAGCAUUCUUUCAGACAACAGAAUUCCAAACUUAAGAAUUCAGCCAGGGACUGACCUCAUGAGGGAAAAAUAAUAAAAGUGGAAAGUGAAGUUAGGAAAAGAAUCUAAAGAUUCUGUUCAGCACAGUAACCAAAACAUAUUUACAUACUCUACUGAGAUGAAAAUGCCGAGUUAAAGCAUGUGAAUCCUUUGCCAUCAAAUAUAUUAAAUAAUCAAAUUUGCAUGCCACCAGUCUCCCAAGAAUGAUUUUCUUCUACAUCUGGAAAGUAAAAAAUUUGCAGUGAAGAAAAAAAAAAAACCCUCUGAUAACACAGCUGAUGUAUAAGCAGCAGGACGUAAAUAUCGAGGAAACGCUAGCUCUUCCUUCUCUCUUUAAAAUACAUUGAGGGAUUAUUAAUCCCUUCCUUAAUAAAAGCAACCUGCCUUUAAUUGGAAUUAUUUCUCAUAGCUCUUCUCUAGUACAUUGUGUUCCAGAUUCUAAAUGAAUUUUCUACAGUAAAGCAGUCAGGUGUAAUAUCAGACCAACCUUUAGAUUGCUUAUGUCUAGACUACAUUAAUAACUGGUUUACUGUAAUCAAUUGUAAGAUUUUUCUGUUUCAAUGGCCAGUUUAUUUAACAUAUACAUGUAAGGGAGUAAUGAUAAAAUAUUAGUGAUUUUAUAUAAAAAACUUUAAACAGUUGUGUAAAGUCACAACCUAUUCUUACCUGAAUUUACCUAAAGCAAGACUGUUUUCAUCUCAGCGUGCACUGAAGUCUCCACAGUGGCAAAAUACAUACAGCAUUGACAAAAAGUUAUGGAAUAGGAAUAUGAUAAAAUACAUUUAUUAAAUUUAUUCAGCAGCAUUAUUUUCCAGUAGUCUUUUCUAAUGAAAGUACAUUACAAAAUAAUUAGAAGCAUUCUAAUUAGAGAUAGUAUACGUUUUGAGAACUUAGACAUAAAACAAUCAAAUAGUAGAAGUCUCAAUGAUUUUAAUUUAGGAAUUUUUAAAUUAUAUGAGUAACUAGUUAGAAAUGCUAUAUGUUCCUGUAGUGGUACUCAAAGUUUCCUCAAACUGUUCACACUAUGGAAACUACCUUGGCUAAUUAAUAGAAAAACUGGUAAGACAUACAGUAUAUGCUGAUAGAAGGUUAUGAAAAUAAGCAGAUUAACUACAAAGACUGCAUUAGUAGAAAUUGUUUCCCUUUCUAUUAAUGUCCACCUCUGGAAAUAAAUAGUCAAUAAAAUUAAAUUUUCACAUUAAAAAACCUGAAUAAUUUCUUAAAUGAAGCAGUAUCUUUUGUAUUUUACUGUUUAGAAAUAAGCUUUUACAGAAAUCUAGCUACUUCAUUUAAUAGUACAAAUAACUUCCAGAGACUCCAGCUAAGAACAGAGCUAUUCCACUGAUGUACAGGAGAGAAUCUCAUUAAAUUAAGCACUCGUGACACUAAAAUCUAAAUAUAUCAGAUCUUUUAAAGAACACUAUUAAUUGAGUGGUUUUAAUUGGAUCCUAGUGGAAAAGUAUGUCUAAUGGACUGUUUUAUCCCAGGCAGUUAAAACAUAAGAACAACAUUCUGCACAGAUAGCUAUUCAGCAUAAUGAUGCUGCAUUGACUUUUGCUUAACACAAGAUAAACAAAGAGACUCAUUUCUACAUCCAGCAGAUGAUAAAAAAUGGUGGUAAGGAUGCCCAGAGCACCAGUAGAAGUUUUAAAAGGUACUGUUAUAAAUAUACAUGCAAAAGAUCCUGUAAAUCAGUAACUCACCUAUACUCACCUUGUUGGUAUUUUUAGCUUAAGCCCUUACUUAAUGAAUUUACCCCAUCUUUAUGCAACCAAUUCCAUACAGAUUUCUACUAGCAAAAAAACAA